AUGGCCGCUGGUAUUUCGUCGACGACCACUGAAGACGAGGAGGUGGACGAACAGUGGAAUGAGGACCCCGAGGGCGGCGAAGAGGUCGAUGCCUUCCCCGACGUGUUCCGCACGCAGCCCAGCCCCGAAACUAUCGAGCCCUUGCUGUUGGCCUUUGGUUCGGCUGUCAAGAACAUGGGCGCCCUCGAGGACGCCGAGCUCUUCGCAUACCUGGCGUGGUGUCCCUCUGACAGCAGGGCCGAAGAGUACGGAGAUGAGGCGCCGUACGAUUCUGAGAACGGCGUGCAUAGAUGGGGCGUGCGGCACCUCGCUGCGAAGGCUGGCGACGAGGACACUGUUGAAGGUGUCGUCCAGUGGCAGAUUGGUGACUGGAGACCAAGUCAGAGCGUGUUGGACCUGUUUGGAGGCCUUGGACGACAGGAGUGGCUAGACUUUGCGUUUGAGGAACAACGGAAAACCAAGCCUUACAGCGUUGCUUAG